UCGCCCCCGGCUACUGGGUUUAUGGAGGUGUGCUGCUGCAUUCGCGGAUAACUGGAAAAUUGGCUUAUUCACCAAAACAAGGUGUAAUACUCUUUAUUGCUUCAACGCAACAUUAAUGUAGGGGUGCUCUGGGUAGUUUAUGAAUAGUUUGUCUCUGACCCUUGUCUGCUCACAGUAAAAAAAAAAAACUUGAUGUAGCAAGCGCAAAAAUCCGAAAACACUUUAAUUUGGAAGUUUUAGUUCCGAGGAACUUUAAACGCAGCGUCGAGAUUCACCCACGAAUAAGACGAACUAGUAGUUUUUCCUCUAUCGACGCACUCAUUUCAAGGGGCUGCAUGUAUUAAACUACAUGCCGAGGGGAAACGUUUCCUCCUGGUCGAUCUGAGCGCACGGCCUCAGAGGAAUUUCAAACACGGAGCACGGCGUUCAUGCGGCAUUUAAAACAGCAGUAUGGUUUAAUUUUUAACAAGCUUUUAACAUCUGUGCUUUUACGUUUGAUCUAAUAAACGUGGCAUGUUUAAUAAACUGACAUUUUUCCAAACUUUCUUUGCUUUUUCUCCGUGGCUGCCACGUCACCACGAUGGGUCAGCUGUUUAAACACGCUUUGCUGUUGAUGAGGAGCUUUGCGUGUAGAGGGCAGCUGGGAUCUAGAAAGGGAAAUUCGGUGCUGGUGGGCGUGGUUUUCUAAAUCUGAAUGAUUUGCAAUGGCCUCCAGCAUACCGGAUGAGGUGAUGAUGAACGCUGCUCUGAUAAAAGAAUUAGCCGAUGUGGCAAAAGAUGAAGCCCUUCUGCAGGGAGUAUUAAUGAGGACCAAGGAGACCCCGAACUCAUCUGAGUUGGUGACGUACGCUCCGUUCACUCUCUUCCCUUCGCCUGUGCCCAAACCCGUGUUCCACCAGGCUCUUGCGGUGCAGACCCACUUCAACACAAUGGUGGACAAGAUCAGCCAGGACACAGACUUCCUGCAGGAGGCUUUAGCCAGCACCAUUGAAGUAGACGAUUUCACUGCGAGGCUGUUCAAGAUCCACCAGCAGAUCCUAAAAGAAGGAAAGUCUCAGUCUAUUGUGUUGGGUCUCAAUCGUUCUGACUACAUGUUGGACCAGAAGGAUGAGAAAACAUCUUCUCUGAAGCAGAUCGAGAUCAAUACUAUUGCUGCAAGCUUUGGCGGCCUCUCCUCUCGCACGCCUGACGUACACAGACACAUCCUGAAGGUGUGCGGCAGGCUGGAGGAGAGCCGUCAGAUCCUGGCCAACAACCCUGCGGCCGGUCUGGCCAGGGCACUCGCCAAAGCCUGGGAGCUGUACGCAUCAGAGAGAGCGGUUGUCCUGUUCUUGGUGGAGGAAGUCCAGAGGAACAUCUUUGACCACCGCUACAUUGAAAGUGAACUCUGGAAGAGAAACAUCCCCUCAGUAAGAAAACGGUUUGAUGAGGUCUAUGAAACAGGAUCUCUUGAUCCGGACAAGCGGCUGUUUGUGGAUGGAAAAGAAGUAGCAGUGGUGUACUUCAGGGACGGUUACAUGCCACAGAACUACAUCAACGAACAGUGCUGGGAUGUUCGUCUCAUGAUGGAGCGCUCUCGGGCUGUAAAGUGUCCAGAUAUCAGCACUCACCUGGCAGGAACCAAGAAGGUCCAGCAAGUGCUGACCAGGCCUGGAGUUCUGGAGAGGUUUUUCCCAGAACGGCCCGAGGUGGUGCAACAAAUCAGAGCGACUUUUGCUGGCCUCUACACGCUAGACGUGGGACCAGAGGGUGACAACACGGUAGCGAUGGCCUUGGCAGAACCAGACCGGUUUGUUCUGAAGCCUCAGCGAGAGGGAGGAGGUAACAACAUCUAUGGCUCAGAGAUUGUCCGGGUCCUAGAGGCGGUGAAGGGGAGCACAGAGCGGACGGCCUAUAUCCUGAUGGAUAAAAUUAAUCCCGCUCCAGUACAGAACUACUUGCUGAGAAGAGACGCUCCCCUGGUGAUCAGUAACUGUCUGAGUGAGCUGGGAGUGUUCGGGGCGUAUGUCAGGCAGGGGGAGCACAUGGUGAUGAAUGAGUGCGUUGGUCACCUGCUGAGGACCAAGAGUUCAGAGCACGAGGACGGGGGCGUGGCCGCCGGCGUGGCCGUUCUGGACAACCCUCUACUCGUCUAACGAGUCACCAGACCCACACAGACUGUUGUCACACUGUGGCCCAGACUAAAAGACCAGGAACGCUAAAAAGCUUAGGUCCAGCUUCACCUCAUAGCACUGAGAGACGGCGCAUCCAUCACUCCAUUAGAGAUGCUGGGGACAGGAGUUCUUUGUGUAACAUGCUGUCAGAGGACUUCUAAGAACCCUUUUGGCAGAUUUUAAAGCGUGGAUUGUUCUGGUCAAGAAUGAUCCUGCUCUCACAUAUAACCUGACACGUUGUCAGGGUCGCACAUUUAAACCCAGCAAGGGAUGGGGAUGCCUAAAGCUUGUCUCGAUCUGCCCAAGUCCACAAAAACAGAAAUCCAUGUUCUCUUUAAAUGUAAAAUGUAUAGUCUGAUACGUUUUUAUUUCACAUCUGGCAAUGUUUCCAUAGAAUAUUCAGUGUUACUUAUAGGAAAAGAGAAAAUAUCUCUAAACAUUUAUUUAGAGAUAAAUGUGUUUCUAUAAUCGAGCUUCCUAUCUUUGGAGCAAGACUGACACCUAAUGGCAUUGAAGCAUAAUUACACUACUUGAACAGUUGACAGGUUUUCUUCCAUGUUCUCCUCUCCGCCUCCAGGGGGAGCUCUGACUGCAGCCCUGAUGGAAGUCUAGUUUGAUACUAAAGCGUUUUAUUGUUUGAUUGAUUCCCAAUAAAACGGGUAGCAAAGUUGUUACUCAAUUUAACAUCACAUAACAUAGCAGAAAAUCAAGAAAGUGACCUUAUGACUGCUUUUUUGUUUUUUUACAUUUUAGAUGUAGUUAAAGACUGAAAUUAUUGAAGAAAAUAAUGAAGUGAGUGAAGAAAUUAAGCUUCAGUCACUAUUGUUUUUUUUCUUAGUUGAAAAACAAACAUCUUUUCACAUUGGAAGAGAUAAUCUGAGUUACUACAAAAAAUAGUAACAUCUUUACAAGAAGAUUAACUGGACCACAAACACUGAUUCUGAAGUUCUCUACAACUGGAUUAUAAUGAAAUAGUUCAACGGCAAAUGAAGACACUAUGCUUUCCUUGUUAAAAUAAUAAAUUAUUAUAUAUUUUAUAUAAUAAAAUCAAAUGUGGGACUAUCUUAUCUAAAUAUAUUUUAUAUAUGAUGUACCAUUUCACAUUUAUCUUUCUGCCGGGAUUCAUAGUAGUCGCCUGCAGAAUAGUUUUGUGAAAGUUUAAAUGGUUUAAAUUAACACAAAUGAGUCUCAGCAGAUAAUCAACAUAAAUCGAUGACCAAAUGUUUUCCUCUGGACCAAAAGCAGAAAGUGGACAUUAAACGAAACAUCUGGAAACCUG